UGGCAGUUGCCCCGCGCCCGAGGUGGUUUGCGUUACGCUAGCAGUGCUCCCCCCCCCCGCCCAGCGCGAGACCAGUAACCGCCGCUCUGUGCGCUCGGAGGAGGUCGGGCUCGACGCUGCGUUCGUGACUGGACCUGAGCUGCGAGGGGCGGGGGAAGUAGCGCCAGGGAGCCCCGGCGCGCCGACGCUCCGGAACCGCCGCCAGCCGCGCGGGGAGGGGGCCAGGGGCGGAUUCCCGUCUCUGGAGCCGCCUGAGACGAGCCGACCCCCGCGCGCGGCGCGCAUCGCUGCCGCCGCCGCCGCCGCCAUGGCUCACUCCCCGGUGCAGCCGGGCCUGCGGGAGAUGCCGAAUCUAAAAGCAGAUCCAGAAGAACUAUUUACAAAAUUGGAGAAAAUUGGCAAGGGCUCUUUUGGUGAGGUUUUUAAAGGAAUUGACAAUCGGACUCAGAAAGUGGUUGCUAUAAAAAUUAUUGAUCUCGAAGAGGCGGAAGAUGAAAUAGAGGACAUCCAACAAGAAAUCACAGUGCUGAGUCAGUGUGACAGUCCUUAUGUAACCAAAUAUUAUGGAUCCUAUUUAAAGGAUACAAAAUUAUGGAUAAUAAUGGAAUACCUUGGUGGAGGCUCUGCUCUUGAUCUAUUAGAGCCUGGCUGUCUCGAUGAAAUCCAGAUUGCUACAAUAUUAAGAGAGAUACUUAAAGGACUCGAUUACUUGCAUUCAGAAAAGAAAAUCCAUAGAGAUAUUAAGGCUGCCAAUGUUUUGCUAUCUGAACAAGGAGAGGUAAAAUUAGCAGACUUCGGAGUAGCAGGACAACUAACAGAUACACAGAUAAAGAGAAAUACUUUUGUGGGAACUCCAUUCUGGAUGGCACCUGAAGUAAUAAAACAGUCAGCAUAUGACUCAAAGGCAGACAUCUGGUCAUUAGGCAUAACAGCCAUAGAACUUGCAAAAGGAAAGCCACCGCAUUCAGCGUUGCAUCCGAUGAAGGUUUUGUUCCUCAUUCCAAAGAACAAUCCACCAACACUGGAAGAAAACUACAGUAAACCCCUCAAAGAGUUUGUUGAGGCCUGCUUGAACAAGGAGCCAAGCUUCAGACCGACAGCAAAGGAGCUCUUGAAACACAAAUUCAUAAUACGAAAUGCAAAGAAAACAUCGUACCUGGCAGAGCUCAUUGAUAGGCACAAGAGGUGGAAGUCUGAACAGAGUCAUGAUGACUCCAGCUCCGAAGAAUCGGAUGCUGAAACCGAUGGCCAGGCCACAGGUGGCCGUGAUUCAGGGGACUGGAUCUUUACAAUCAGAGAAAAAGACCCCAAGAAUGUAGAGAAUGGAGGAGCCCAGCCAGAGGAACAAGAAAGUAACAAGAUGUCACUCAUUUUUCUCUUAAAGGAAAAAGAUACCCCCAGGCGUCCUUUGUCUCAGUGUUUAUCUGCAAUUAUAUCUCCUUUAUUUGUGGAGUUGAAAGAGAAAAGUCAGGUAUAUGGUGACAACAUGGGGUCCAUAGAAGAACUGAGAGAAGCUAUUUAUUUAGCUGAGGAGGCUUGUCCAGGCAUUUCAGAUACCAUGGUGUCGCAGCUUGUACAGAGGCUUCAGAGAUAUUCACUAACUGGAGGAAGUACUUCAUCUCACUGAACUAUUGAUUUUGAGUUUUUCAAAAUCAACAGGCCACCCUGUUGUGUCUGCAUUGAGGAAAGUGCUCUCUAAUGUUGAUCUACCGCUCAAUAAAUGGAGUGCUCUUCAGUGAAAGGACAUUCCUGAAUGUGCAACAGCAAAAAUGAAGUCUCUCAGAUGGGGUGUUGUUUUUCAGCUCCUUAAAGCUAUAGUUUUUUUUAACCAUAAUGCACAUAUUUAAGGGAGAAGUGUCUUUUUAUGAAAUCUGCAAUGUAUAUUUACGUGUGUGAUAAGGACACUGAAGAUAUUGUGAAAUCUCAGGUAUUUUGCUUUAAGAUAACUCCUUUGGGAAAUAGAAAAACGUUCUGUUUGAUUGGUAUACAGAUUUGUAUAUUGUGUCAUUUUUGUACUGAAACCCUUUAAACCUGUAUAAGGUGUACAAAACAGCCAAAUCUUCUGUAGAUAAUGUUAGUGAGGUAAAUAUUUGACAGGCCAUAACUGAGUAUUGCGUUGCCUUUAUUACAUGUAAAAUUUCAAUUAUGUGACAAGUGAUUUUGGUUUGAUUUUGUAUUUGAAGGGUUCACCAUGGAAAGAUAGUAAAUGCCCUAUUAUGGAAACCUCCUAUUUGUACCUCAGCGUAUCCAAAUUUCCUCAUUUGUCCUACAUCCCUCUCUUUUUUUACACUCUGAAGCUGGCUUUCUGAUUAUGGUACUACUUUUGGUUUAUUUAAAUUUAACACAGCUUGUCUCCUAUAAAGCUUUACAUUGUUUAUUUUUUCCUUACAGAAUUUUUUCAUGUUUACAUUUCAGUUUUAAAUUGUGCCCAUGCAGAUUCUGAAUCAUAUGUAUUGUCCAGGUUUAGUAAUAUAUAUUUGUUGAAGCUUAUAGUGAAAUCUAAAUAUCUUUUACAUCUAAACAUAUCUGAAUGCUUACAUAAAUAAAUUUUAUAACCUACAUAUAUUUUGAAAUAUUGAAAUAUCUUACAACCUUGGCUUUCAGAGAGUGGAAAAUGUGUCAGAGAUGGCUGCUGUUUUUAAUUAUAAAAUGAAAUUGUCUUGGGGAGUAAAAGAAAAAAAUUGAAUUUAUCAAUAUAUAGAAAGGCCCAAUCCUGCAGUCCUUAAGUCUAUGCAUCUCCUAUUGAAACUGAUGGGUGUUACUGCAUGCAGUAUUUUGGGCCCAAUCCUGUAAUACUGAUGUCAGUAUCCCAUACUUUCUAUAACAAAAAAGUACAUGAAUUUUGAUCAGCUGAAAUGAAAAUCUCCAGCACUGCUGUGGUCACUUCUGAAUAACUUUUUAAAGUUAUUUAUUUUCAGUGUUGCAUCCGAUGAAGUGAGCUGUAGCUCACGAAAGCUUAUACUCAAAUAAAUGUUAGUCUCUAAGGUGCCACAAGUCCUCCUUUUCUUUUUGUGAAUACAGACUAACACGGCUGCUAUUCUGAAAUCAGUCUCCUUGGAAAUAGUAGUUGUACGUAUUUUGUGAAGUGACAGCUCUUCAUCGUAUUUACUAUACAGUUUAGUAUAGUUUGCUUUACCAAGGGCAGAAAUAAGUAAUUUGUUUCCUUGGAAGGCAGGAGAGGGAGGAUUUUGUCUUGUUUCAGUCCACAAAUUGAUAAUUACACAUCAGGUAUGUAUUUUUGAUGCGAUGUAAUUGCCAGUUCUCUAGUUAUCUGUUCUCACAUUAUUUUAGAACUAGAAAACAAAUGACUCUUGGCAGUGAAUGAAAUAAAUGAAUAACUUAGAUACACUAUACCUGCCAGCCUAUAGCAUUAUUUUGCCAGGGAAAGUCUGAUGCUCUCUAAGAUAAAUUGUUAAAUGAUGUGGUUCCUAUUUAAAGAAGUAAAGUGCAGUUUUUCAACCCUCUCAGCUUAUUUAUCAUUUUAAUGAUUAUGUACUAUUUUGUGUGCUCUUAAAGCUAUGAAGACAUAGUUUAAUGCACUGGAAAUGUGCAUUUGAAUCUUGAUGCAGUGAAAUGAGGAAUUUACCCUUUUCAACACAGAAAUCAACAGAGAGUCAGUUCUACCAUUUGAAAUUAUGUAGUGGUAGUGUUGUGGGUGGCAUAUAGAAAUCAUCUGAAAUAAAUUGAAGUUUAAAUGGAACUGCUGACACCUUCCCAGUGUCAUCUAUUACUAUAAGAAUGACUUAAAAUUGAAAUGAGCUAGUUGGGAAAGAACACACUUUUAAAAUUUAGUAGGCAAGUCAGAUUUACAAGACAAUAUGGGGUUUAACUUUGAAAUUUCUGAAGCAGAAGUUAGUCAGAAAAUUGUCUGGUGUUCGGAAGGUGUAAUCACUGACCUGUCCUUUUAUUUUGUUGUGAAAAACUACCCAAUUUGAGACUUAUUGAGGAUAAUUGUAACAGAUGAUGAUUGGUGAAGGCAACCUUUGAUUAAAUAACUAAACAGAAACACAGAAGGCCAUUGGCCAAAAGCAUAAGAUUUAAAAGAAAAAAAUUGUUAAUUUAUGGUUUAGAUGUGAGUAUUUUUAUAUAUAAUAUAUAUGUAAAUGCAGAUGAAUCUUCAGAUACCAUGAUUCACUGCAAAGAUCAACAUUUUGUCUUGAAUGUAAAAUGACAAUCAUUUGCUAGAGAAAAAUGUUAGUUUCAGAAAUAAAUCUGUACCAGUAAUAGAAAACUUUUUUUUCAUUUGAGUCCAGUAUGUCUCUGACAUAAGUAUGAGGUAAGCAGUGUCUGAGGCAAGAUACUUAAGAAAAUUUUAAUAUUCUUUUGAGAAAAUGUCUUUUGAUAAGAACUUGACAUUAUAAUAUUGCACUUAACCUAAGUUUUUCUGGUGCCGGUAAUGCAGCUAUUUCAACAUUUCUCUUGAGUACAGUGAAGACUCAGUCCAAAUUUACCUUACUAACAAGUAUUACGCUAGUCAUGCAGAUGUUGAACUCAGUGGACUCUUCACUUGUAAGAGGUUGCGAGACUUUGGCACUAAAUAAACCGUUAAAAAAAAAAGUUAACCAGAAAAAUUCUUUUAAAAUGGAAACGUGGGUUUUUUAGUUAACCUUAAUUUCCCUUGCAGUUGCACUACCAUAGUUGAUAAACACUGUUUAGUAGAGCCUGGUGGCAUUACUAACAAUUCAUUGCACCAUGCCUCUGGUAAAAUAAUGAAAUAAUUCUUCUGUUUCUCACAAUGUAAUCGAGUGCCAUUGCCUCUUGAAAGCUCCAACAGUUUGUAAAUGGUCCUUGAGUUAUACUUGUGAAGUGUCUGGAUCAGUUCUUGAUCUUUUAUAUAGCACUGUGUGUGUGUGUGUGUGUGUGUGUAUACACAUAGUACUGAUGUCAGUUUGUAACAGUUUUAUAUUUCCUGUCUUAAAGAAACAUAGCUAAUGUAUUUCAGCUACCAAUACGGCAAUAAAGUGGGAGAUCAUCAGGAAGUGUUCAUAUGCAUAGGUAUAAUGCAGGGGUCAAUAAAGAUCACAGAAAUUAAA